GCACCCACUGGCCACCUUUUUCCACCUGUUUUUCCGAGUGAGUGCUAUUGUUACCUACUUGUUCUGUGACUGGUUCAGCAACAGCUUUGUUGCCUGUUUUGUCACUAUUCUCCUCCUUCUAUCCUUUGACUUUUGGUCUGUCAAGAAUGUGACAGGAAGACUCUUGGUUGGUUUGCGUUGGUGGAACCAGAUUGAUGAAGAUGGAAAAAGUCACUGGGUGUUUGAAGCAAAAAGGGUGCCUACAGUAGCUGCCUCAACUGAAGCUGAAGCCCGAAUCUUCUGGCUCGGUCUCAUCAUCUGCCCAGUGAUUUGGACAAUGUUUUUCUUUAGCACCUUGUUCUCCUUGAAGCUGAAAUGGCUGGCUCUCGUGAUUGCUGGGAUCUCCCUCCAGACUGCUAAUUUAUAUGGCUACAUCCACUGCAAGUUAGGAGGACCAAAAACCAUCAGCAGAGUAACCUCAAGGUUGUUUGGCACCACAGAUGUUCCCAAGAGACAGAGCAGGAGAAUUGCAGAAGAUGGCACUGAAGAUCAUGGGAAGACAGGCAUUAGGUAACCAAAUAAGGAAGAGCUAAAGGAUGAGCAGUAAAAAAGUCAUUAAUGAAAGUUGUUGUUCUUCAUGGGAAGAUAUUUACAUAAAGCUCUUCUAGAAUUAUGCCUGCAUGAAAUAAAGUCAUUUGUGUUUGAGUCUUUAGAUCCUGGAAGGUUUAAAGCCUUUGUUACUUAAAAGCUUCACCAAAAAAUUGUUUGUGUGAGCACACAGUGCUCAUGGUUUACAAGGAGCUCGCUGCUUUCAGCAAAGCUGUCAACUAACCUCAAACUGUUGGAUUAUCUUAACCAGAAAUUACAUGCAAUGAAUAUAUGAUGCUGAUUUGUUUAACUAUGGAACUACAAUAAACAAAACCAAACUGCC